UGCAGAAUUGCGGCAAUCUAUUCGCAGUCUUUCUCCAUAGAGACAAAAAAAGUGGAAGAAAACAGUCCGACUCAGAGAGACCCAUGGAGGAGGUUAAGAAGCGGAAGCUACAGGAAAGUGGCAUCAAUGGCGGCCGAUUCGAUUUGAACUUAUCGGAUGACCAACCUUCUUCACUCUCUUUAACUCUCUCUACUUCUGCUUCACAACAACAGCAACAACAUUCAUCUUCUGAGGAGGCUGCUGCCUCCAUUGAAGAGCUGCACUCCUUGCUCGACCCUUUACCCAAGCCACAACUGGUUGAUGUCCUCGCUAAGCUAGGUUCCCAAUAUCCUUUUAUUGCUGAAGAAAUUAGAAGUGUUGCGAGAGCAGAUCCAGCCCUUCGAAAGCUUUUUGUUCGUGGUUUAGCCUGGGAAACUACUUCAGAGACCUUGUGUGCUGCAUUUGAAGAGCAUGGUGAAAUUGAAGAAGGUGCUGUAAUCACAGACAAAACAACUGGAAAAUCACGUGGCUAUGGCUUUAUUACAUAUAAAGAUAUGGACUCUGCUCAGAGAGCUUUAAAAGCGCCAAGCAAGAUGAUUGAUGGUCGUAUGGCUGUUUGCAACUUGGCUUGUGAAGGUUUGAGCAGCACCAGCAUUACGCCCGAUCAAGCCCAGAGAAAGCUCUAUAUAGGCAGCCUGCCACCGGAAAUCACCAGUGAAAUGCUUCUCAACUUCUUCAAGAAACAUGGCGAGAUAGAAGAAGGUUCGGUGGCAUAUGACAAGGACUCAAACAGAUCACGUGGCUUUGGCUUUGUUACAUUCAAGACGGUGGAAGCUGCAAAGAGAGCCAUUGAUGAUCCACAAAAGAUGCUUGGGGGAAGAACUAUAACUGUGAAGCUUGCAGAUAACCACAAAGGGAAAGUUACGCAGACACAGGUACCAACACCAGUUGUUCCGACACCGAUGCAUAUGACAGGUGCGUAUCCACCACCACCAGCUCAUAACAUGCACCCUGGUGCCGGGACCCCUGGUGGCGGCUAUGGCUAUCCUCCCCAACAGCCAUCCAGCACAUAUCCCAAUCUGGCAUACCCAAGCCCACAAGUAGUAAAUGCUGGAUAUCCAGGCCAAUUGCAGACUUCAUAUAACCAGUUUCCUUUUAGAAAAGAUACAGUACCAGUACCUCCAGCACUAGGAGGAUACCCUUAUUAUAUGCCGAAGCAACAGUGAUGACAAAUAUGGCUUUCGCCUAAGUCCAUGUCAAUCAAUUAACUCUCAGUCUGCUUCCAUCUUCCUUGAUUUUACUUUACUAUAUUUCCGGUGCAGCUUUGCCAUUAGCGUAGAUUAUUGGUAUCAGGAAAGGGGAAAUUCUUAGGACGGAAGAUGUGCCUUGGAAUGUGAGGUUUUUUUAGGCAGUUAACAUUCUGUUUUUUUAUUUUUCCCCUCUUCCUGGGGGUUGGUGGUUAGUGGUUAGUUUUAGCCCUCUCAAGUGUUGUAAGGCUUGUACCCGAUGUCAAACUUAAUGUUCCCUUUCAGCUUCAUGAAAGAUAUGAUGAAUCCAUCCUUGUAUUCGGAUAUAUAAUCAAGAUU